AUGAGUUCUCAGUUUAACCAUUCCAAUGCAGCUAUAGAGCAUCAUCACCAACUACAUGAUCAUCAUCAUACAACAGGUACCGCUUCCAAUGUGCAACCACAACAAUCCUCAACAUCAUCAUCCAUUCCAGGGUCAGCAAAUGAUGAUGGAAAUAGAUUAGGAUCAACAUCAAGUAUAGCUAGUUUCCAUAAACCACAAAUAUCGAAUUUGACAAAGAAUCUAUUAUCAUCAUCUAACAGUCAGAUAAAUAACAAUUCAGCAUUUGCAUCUGAUACAGGAAUAGGAUCUAAUCAGUCACAACUUCCACCUAAUCCUCCUAGUUAUGCAAGUUCAAUUAAUAAUAAUAAUAACAAUACAUUAUCAUCAUCAAGUGCAAGAUUUAUACCGAAUAAUUCAACUGAUUUCAAUUGUCAAAGUUAUCAUUCUUUUAAUGCAAAUAAUGGAUUUCAGCAAUAUUCUCAUCCUUCUGUGAAUGAUAAUAUUAAUUAUAUUCCUUCAUCUCAUAAUACACCAACUGUCGUUAGCACUUCUUAUUCAUCAAAUCAUUCAUAUAAUGCAUCAUUACCAACCAUUAAUACUACUACUAAUAAUAAUAAUUUCCAAUCAUCAUCAUCGAGUUAUAGACCUCCAACUGGGAUAGUGCCGCAUGCAAUACCUACAACUAAUGUAUUCACUGAUACUGCCAUGACUAAUAGAGAUUCAUUUUCAUCUGCAUCUUCCUCAUUUACUCAAUCAGGAUUUUCUAUACCCAAUCAAUAUCAACCACCUGCACCUCAUUCAAUGCAAUCACAUUCAUUACAACGUCAAUUAAGAUUCCCUAAUUCACUUCCAGCAAGUAAUAAUAAUACAAAUAAUAUAUCAUCAUCAUUCCAUCAACAACAUGCACCUCCAUUACAAGAACAAGAAGCACCCCAUCUUCAACAAUCGCAACCUCAAGCAGCUUCAUAUCUUAAUAUAGUGCCCCAAUCUGUCAUUGUCGACAGGCUGCUCCCUACCAGUGGAGCAACCAGUGCUGAAUCAUCUACUCCUUUGAAUCCUCCUCCUUCCAAUCUUCGAAAUCAGGCCCUUCUGUUACCACAAGACGAACAUCACUCUGCAUCUUCAUUAACAGAUAAGACACCACCUCCUCCCCCACAACCCCCAGCACAAUUGGAUCCAUAUGUCCCACCUGAGCCGGAUCAUUAUAUGACCUAUAGUGAAUUCUUGACUAAUUUGACAACAAAAGAUCAUUCUGAAGGUUCGACCUCAUCAUCAUCAUCAUCUGAAGAACAUUUGAAUAUUGUGGAUUAUCCUGUUAAUGAUUUGAUUGUGAUGUUAUCUUGUUUAUUGACGAAAAUUAUUGAGGCUAAUGAUAAAUUACAUCCUAAUCAUUUUGAAAAUACCAUUGCAAUUAGACAGAAAUUAAAAGAUGAAAAGAGAUUAAAGAAAUUACAACGAAAGAAGCAACAACAACAAAGGCAACAACAGCAACAACAAGAAGGGGAAAGUGAUGAUAUUGAUGUUGAUCAUGAUUAUCGUAAUGAAUCAUCAGAAAGAAGACGUGCUGAAGAAGAACAAGAAGAUGAUGAUAUGGAUUUUGAUGAGGAUGAUGAGGGGGAUGAUGAAGAUGACGACGACGAUGAAAUUAAGAAUAAGUACUUAGCCAACGUUUUGGCAUUUCAUGGAACAAAUAUCCCCGGGAUUUCAUUACAUGCGUAUUUAUCUAGAGUUUUGAAAUAUUGUCCUGUUACUAAUGAAGUGUUUCUUUCGUUAUUGGUUUAUUUUGAUCGGAUUGCGAAGAAGGCUAAUAAUUUAAAUCAACAAAAGAAGAAAAGUGUCGAUAGUCAGAACACUAUUAAUAAUAACAUUGACAAUGAUCAAAAUGAAUCUGAACAAUUGUUUGUCAUGGAUUCUUAUAAUAUUCAUAGAUUAAUAAUUAGUGGGAUUACAGUUUCAUCGAAAUUCUUUCUGGAUAUCUUUUAUAAAAAUUUAAGAUAUGCAAAAGUUGGAGGAUUACCUUUGGAAGAAUUGAAUUAUUUAGAAUUACAAUUCCUCUUGUUGUUGGAUUUUAAAUUAAUGAUUUCAGUUGAAGAUUUACAAAAUUAUGGAGAUUUAUUAUUGAGAUUUUGGAAACGUGAACAAAUCACUAAUGAACUUGUGAAUAAUAAUCCUGAAAAUCCUUCAAAACAAGAAAUCAAGGGUUAA